AUGGGGAAGAUGCAUCUUUACAGCCACUCAGGUGGAGCCCAUGAAAUGAACUUUUUGAAGAGAAAUGACAGCUCACCCUCAGGGGAGAACUGCACCCCUCGGGGCCGAGCACCAGAGAAGCUGGGCUCCGACUCUGAAUCAGGGGUUCAGGCACUGUCUUCCUUCAUGGCUGCAGAUCCAGAGGGGUCUGCAGGCCUUGGCACAAUACAGAUAAUCAUUACUUGUGCUUUAUUGGACCCAACGUAUCCUGUGUAUGAGGAAGAAAUGGUUGUGAACCUUGUCAAGGGAACAAUCUUCCUCUCUCCAACUGUACUUGGCAUUCUGGGGAACGUCUUUGUGUUUGUGAAUUACAUGCUCAUCCUUGGAGGCAGUGAGAAGAAAUCUAUACACUUUAUUCUCCUCCACUUGGCUUUUACAAAUAUCAUCAUGCUUUUUGCAAAACGGAUUCCUAAGACAUUAGCAGCUUUUGGGCAGAAAAUCUUCCUUGAUGACACAGGCUGUAAGACUGUUGUUUACCUGGAGCGAGUGGCCCGGGGCCUGUCCAUCUGCACCAGCGCUCUCCUCACGGUAGUCCAGGCCAUCACCAUCAGUCCCACAGACUCAGUGUGGAGGAGACUCAAGCUAAAGACUCCACAGCACACCCUUCUCAUAUUUGUCUUCUUUUGGAUUCUCAAUUCCUUAAUAAGCAUGAACUUACCAUUUUCUAUCAUAAACAUCAACAGUGUGAACAUAUCACAAAUUAGUAAAGGUGACAAGUAUUGUCAUUUUCUCCCAGAAAGCUGGACAACAAGAUGGACCUUUCUCACUCUCAUGGUCCUGCGUGAUGCUGUGUUUCAGUGCACCAUGGGUGGAGCCAGUGUCUACCUGGUAUUUGUUCUCCACAAGCACCACCAGCGGGUUCUCCACCUGCAGCAGGCCAAGCUCCUCUACAAAACUCCACGAGAUCCAAGCUGCUCAAAGUGUCCUCCUUCUGAUGCUGUGUUUUCUUUUCUUUUAUUGGGCAGAUUGUGCUUUUUCUCUAUUUCUUAG